AUGGUUCGGUUCUUACAAAUCGUUGCGAGUGUAGUAGCGGAAGGUCACUGGAGGAUCGGACAGUCCAGCCCUAGGGACAGAACAUUGGACACUACUCCAGGCCAGGACAACCUAACACAUGCCGCUCUAGAGACAGAAGGGCAUGGAGUCAAGGACCCAGGAGCUGGGACCCUGACUAAGGGUGGUUCUUAACGAGAGGUCUCCAUUAAAAGUAAAUAAAAUUAAAG